GUCGAGGAAUGUGCAGCAUAACUCAGAAGCCAUUUUGUGAUGAUAUCCCUUGUUGAGAAAGCCUGUGAGGAUGCUGAAACCAGCGAACAUGGUUUACAUUCCUGUCUGUUUCUCCCUCCGUCUCCUCUAUUUUCACCGUGGCAGCUGUCAACCGACGGGACAUUAGCAAAGCGGGGUGUCGAGCUGUGCUCACAGGGUUAAAACGCCACUGAAAAUGAAAGAGGAGAGUGUCUGUUUACUGUCUCUGUCGAGACAUGUAACACCGUGAGUCUUUUCCAGUCUGAAAUCUUCCAGCAUCUCUCACAAACCAACCGUCUCCUUUGAGUGACCGUGUUAUAAUUCACUCUUGUUACCGGGGGAGAGGGAGAAGCAGAUCCGUUAUUUUUUAUUAUUUUUUCUUUCUCUCUCUCCAAAUGGCUUCUGUGAGCCUUGUUUCCAGUCCCCCAGCCCCUGUUCUUGACAAAAACAUGACAGACUCUGAGCUUGCAGGGGAUGAAAGGGAGGAUGGUGAACUGGAAGAUGGAGAAAUAGAUGAUGAGGGAAUUGAGAUUGAGGAGGAGAACAAAGAGGUUGCUGAGGUAAAGGAUGACAACAAGAAGGAAAAGGAGAAAAACAAAGAGAAAGAGGAAAAGGCACGAAGACACACAAGGAAAAGAUACAAAAAGACCAGAGAGAAAAGAAAGUCCAAAAGGAGGAAACGUGAAAGGCAAAGACAUCAUUCCCCCUCCAGCAGCUCUAGCUCAGACAGUUACGACUCGGACUACGACCGAUCAGAAAGGCCCAAAAGCAGGAAGGGCCAAGGCUACAGCCGUGACUCUGAUAACCAGCCCUCUCAACAUUCCAAGGGUCUGAAGAAGUCGUCCCCGCAAAAGAGCAGCGAUUUUGAUAAAUACAGCGACGAUUACAGCGAUGAUAAGUAUGACUACGACGAAGAAGAGAAGGAUUAUGAAGACGACAUGUCAGAGUACCAGCAGUCUAAAGAUGGGAAUCAGGGGAAGGGACGCUACUCAAAGGAUCAGAUAAGCAGAGGAAGCUUGAGAGGGAUGAAGCAACAGCAGUGUACGAACCGGUUUAAAAUAUUCGGACAGAGAGGAAGGGGCAGAGGGAGCGGACCAGGAAGAGGGCGAGGGAUGCUCCUCAAAAACAAGAAACUGAAAGGCAAACCCUGGGGAGGACGCGGGCGUGGCCGGGGAGGAGACCAGGGAAUGGAAGACAUGGGACCAGAGGGAAAAAGCUCCUCUGGCUUUCAGAAGAAGCGACCAAUUAUGAGCAAGGAGUUCAUCAGUCAGCAUACGGUUGAGCACAACGGUAGAUACAUCUGCAAGUACUUCCUUGAGGGUCGCUGCAUCAAGGGGGAACAGUGCAAAUUUGAACAUGAGCUGGUUGUGCCUGAUAAGAAGAAGGAACUCUGUAAGUUUUACCUGCAAGGAUACUGCAGCAAAGGAGAUCACUGCAUUUACAUGCACAAUGAAUACCCCUGCAAGUUCUUUCACACAGGAGUCAAAUGUUAUCAAGGGGAGAACUGCAAAUUUUCCCAUGAUGCUUUGAAUGAUGUCACGAAAGAGCUGCUGGAUAAGAUAAUUAACACAGAAGAGGAGAACGCCCGGGAGGAUGAGUUGGAGCUGGAAGAUCUGAGAAAGCAGGGAAUCGCUCCACUACCAAAGCCCCCUCCUGGAGUGGGGUUGCUGCCCACCCCGGGUCAGAGCAGUCCAACAGAUGGGGCAUCUGGGCAGGGUGGAAAGAAGAUUCCAUCUCUGUUUGAAAUCAAGGUUCAUCCCACUGUGGACUUGGCACAAAAGAUUGCUUUGAGCGGCUCCAACUUCUCCCAGAAUCAGGCGGAUGGGUCCGAGGACACUGCUGCGGCUGCGGCUCCGGUACCAGCAGCUGAAUCAGCUGUUCCUAUGGGUCUCCCCACAGGACCAACGAUGCCUCAGAGUCCCCCGGGAAAGCUUCCCCCUCACGGGUUUCCAAUGCAACCACCACCCCCCUCUGGCCAGCCCCCACCAUUUCAUGGAGCCAGUAUAAACCAGCAGAUGAAUAUGCAGAAGCUUCCGUUCCCACCAGACGUGCAGAUGCUACAGAACAUGUUAUCCUUCUCUUCGUUUGGUCAGAACCCAGUGGAUUUAUUAACCAGCUUCUUUCAAAACCAGGCCGUCGGUCAGCAGGAAGUGGAACCUGGUCAGGCCUUCAUACAGAACCUUCAGCAGCUGAUGGGUGCAGAGUCACAGCUGCAGUCUUUGCCACCAGCGGUGCAGAAGGCCAUCUUGUUACACCUGACACAACAGCAGCAGGAAGCCCAGAGCAAAGAGCCACCCAGAGCAGAUGGACAGCCCGAUAAGAACGACAACAGAGAUGAAACAACAAACUGGUACUCAAGUGAUGAUGAGGAUGGGGCCUCUUGUGUCUCCUCCAUCUUGAAAUCUCUGAAGAAGCAGAAUGAAAUGCAGCAGAGUCAGUCCAAGCCCCUCCAUGCUGCGUCGGCCACCCCAGCUCUGGGCGACCCCAGGCUUAUGAAGGAACGAGCGCCACCCAGCGACCCCAGGGUCAAGAUCGACCCUAGACAGCGACUCCAGGAUCCCAGUAAGGAGCUGGAUGGAGCAGCAGAUCCAAGACUUCCCAGGGAUCCCAGGAAGACGAGACCCGGUGAUGUUGGCCGCCAGCAGAGUCAUCCUGCUCCUCAAAAGGCUCCAACAGGAGAGGAGGAUGAGGAGGGAGAGCGGGAACUGAAGGACAGAGCGGUUCCUAUCCCUCUGGAGGCCAGCCCUGGCAUGGUGCUGCGGGACCCUCGCUGUCAGCUAAAGCAGUUCAGUCACAUUCGGGUCGACAUUCUGCUCCAGCGCCCCGCCUUUGCUCAGACCGUGGUGUGGGCGCCGGAGGACCUCAUCCCUUCACUUGUCCCCAAACAGGAACACUCCAUCAACCUGCCGCUCCCCCCGCUGAUCGCCGAUGCUCAGAUGAACAGAACCAACCAGCCCGACCAUUUGAUAGUCUCCAGCCCGCCGCUGUCCGACCCCAGACUCGUGGCCGCCCGUUUAAAGGAACGUUUGGGCCGGAUCCCCAGCGGAUCCUUGGAGACUCGAUCCACCACGGAAAGGCCUGUAGAUCCGCGGCAACAGAAAUCUCUGGACCCCAGAAUCAAGCGGAGAGGGAGUCUGGACUCCAAGGUGCUCGGUCAGAAGGAACCCCCCUCAGCGGGAGGACUGGUGGACCCCAGACUCCAGAAAGCCGGCGCCAACUCAUCUCCCCCAGUUGCCCAAGGCAAGUCGGACCCUGAGAAAUUGCCGCCGUAUGCCCCCCGGUUGGCGUCGUCCGACGGAGGGCUGGAGAGUCCCACCACGAUCCUCGGGGGCAUCAGCUUGUAUGACCCCCGUUCUCAAACCGACCCGUCUCGCAGGGAGCCGCUCGAUCCCCCCAAAAAACCAGGAAUUUUGAAACAGUCAUCGAAAACGGAGAACUCUCUGGUGCCAUCUCUCUCACCAACCCAGCGAAGUGGCUCGUUUGAGGAGGUAAAAAGCACAGAGGUCGCCUCCCAACUGAUUCCUCCUGCUACUUCCUCCAAUGGAGCUCCGCCUGACUCACCAGUCAAACCCCCAGCGGUUCAUAACCUCCCCAUCCCAACGCUGGCCGGGCUGAUCCGACCACAGUACGUCGACCCCAGGCAGGCUAAACAAGGAGGACAGGGGACUGCAGGACCGCAGGAAGAGACAGAGGUCAGCAAGGACCAGGAGGGGAAUAUGGACAAGGACAAGGAAGAGGAAGACGUUAUGGAAGAAGAACCAGAGCAGAAAGAUUCAGAUGAGACGGACAGGACACUGAAAGACGUGUUCAAGACUUUUGAUCCCACUGCUUCUCCUUUCUGUCAGUAGAUUCUCCAGCGUGGAAAUUUACAGCAACAAGUAAAGCUGCAGGAUGUAACGCUUAUAAAAAUGUGUUUGUUUUUUUUUACAUAUUUGUUAAAACUGUCACCAUGUUGUGACAGUUUGAGACAGAUAAUGUGUGAAAAGAUCAAUCUCCUCCACCUCCUUCCCGAGCUGCUCUGUUCUGUCUGAAGAAAUGCACUGCUCCAACCAAAAACAACCAAUCAGAGCCAGGAGGAGGGUCUGAGUGCUGUCAGUCAACUUCAUGUAGUCGCUGCUCAAUGUGGUACUGGCAGACUGACAACUUACUGUUAUAGGAAAACCAUUUAUCCAUCAUUAAUGGCUAUGGUAACAAGCCUGAGAGAAGGAGGAUGAGCAGCACCACACUGAGAGUGAUUGACAGCACUAAAACCCUCCUCCUGGCUCUGAUUGGGUUAGCACUGGGAGUACCUGGAGAUGGCAGAGGAGUUAGAUUUUUUCCAUAAAUUAUCUGACAUACUGUCACGACAUAGUGACAGUUUCAACAAAUAUGUCAAAAUAUGCAUAUUUUUUUUAAUAAAAAUUACCUACUGCAGCUUUAAGUUUUGCUAAACAUUAUCACUUAUCUUUAUUUAGCAAUACAUGGCUCUAUUUAUUUCUGUAAAUAAUCUUGUACAGGUUAUCACAGCUUCACAUGAAAGCAGGAUUAUGGGAAAAGUUGAGGUGUUGUACUUGAUUCUCUUCAUGCAGGCAGACUAUUUUGAGUGUACUCACUACUCUGACAGUAUUUAUUCCUUUCCACUGAGAGUUAAUUAUGUGUCCUUACUUUUAUAUUUACAUUUUUUUUUACCAGAACCAGAAAUUACCUUUUAAUUUGUCAAUGACUUGACCAUUUUAGAAAAUCAAGAGAGUCCUUUCAUCAUAUGCAUAAUGAAAUAAUUCUGAUUAUCAAUAAAUCGGAGCAAAGGAUUAAUCUGCAGCUAAAACAACAUACUUCCAACAUGUAAAAGUUCAGUCCUCUCUGAGCUUUUACAUGUUGGAUUAUCUGAUUCAUAUUUGGAUUAAUCAAGCAAAGGAGCUGAAUGCAAAUACAUGCCACACUUCUGAAUUUGAUUUUUGUUAAAUGGUGUUUUAGUUUCUCUGUCGCUUUUAGAGUUAUACACUACUUUGUGUUGGUCUGUAAUCCCAGUGGUUAUGAAUUGGCAAAAUGUGUGUCAUUUCAUGGAUUACGCUCACUCUUUACUUACCAUUUUACAAAAGAAAAACACUGACCACCUUGGAGGUAGCAGGUAAAUAUUUAUUUUAUGUCCUAAAAAUGAUAAACAAAAUGAUGGAAACAUUUUUCCGUGUAUUUUCUGUACAGAAAUAUUAUCUGAAAGACAUUACAAGUAAAUGUAUAUAUGUAACAAAUGUGGCCCUUAUUGCAGUUUUUAUCUCUUUUUGGCGUUUGUAGAGCACUGUAUUUCAGACUGUAUUCAUAAAGUGAGAAUGUUAUAGAAUGAGGCAUUUCAGUAGCAGCUUUUCUCAGUAACGUGUGCUGCUUUUUGUUUUCCUAAAAAGUGAAAUGUUCCCGUUUUUAUUUUUUUCUCAUAUUUUUCAUUGUAAAUGUGCAUUUUAUAUUAUGUGUACAGUGUGUUUUACUGAGUGCUUCAUGUAUAAACAGAUUUUUAUUCCUGUGACACCAGCUUUUCGGUUUUAACUACACAUGCUCAUCGUUUAAGUGGUUUUAUUAUGAAUAUAUUGAAUAAAGGAGUGAAACAAA